GAGACGCGGCGUGACGUCAGCGAGUGGCGCAGGAAGAGGGGGAGACAGAAAUGAGGGAGACGUCGGGGAGAGAGACCACAAACACCACGACGAGGUAAACCCCACCAAAGCUGGCCUCACAUUGUGGCAUAUCGGCUUAGUUAACACCCUCGUCUCAUCGGCGGGAUGUCGUUUGUGAAGAAUGACCGUUAUUCAGAGGUAUGAUGAGCCGCAGCCUGAGUGUUGGCACUGAUCAAAAAGCAUGGGGCUCCGGCUCACUGGCAAGGGACAGCAGAGCCAUAGGAUGGUGAUCUUCGCCGCCAUCAUCAUCCUGAUGACACUCCUCAUCCUGUACGGCUCCAACAACGUCAACGAGGCCAUCUAUACUCCCUUCCAUGUGGCUACAAAUCACGCCAUCAAGACUACAGACCUCAAGAAAUGGUCCGGGAGAGAUGGCUAUGUACCAUUUUAUGGGAACAAGACUAUGAACCUACACUGUCAUAACUGUGCGCUGGUCACGAGCUCCAGCCACGUCCUGGGUAGUCGAGCAGGAGAAGAGAUCGACCAAACAGAGUGCGUUAUUCGCAUGAACGACGCCCCCACGUUGGGAUAUGGCUCUGAUGUUGGAAACCGAACGACUCUGAGGGUCGUAGCACACUCCAGUGUGUUCAGGGUGGUCCGGAGGCCCAAUGAGUUUGUCCUCCGCACAGACAGCAACCCUGUAAUGAUCUUCUGGGGACCUCCGAACAAGAUUGGGAAGGAGGCCAAAGGAACCUUGUUCAGGUUGAUCCAGAGAUUCAGCAUGACCUACAGCAACCUGUCUUGUUUCAGCGUCACAUCGAGCAAGAUGCGCAGAUUUGACAAUCUGUUUCACAGAGAAACAGGACGAGAUAGGCAAAAAUCUCACUCAUGGUUGAGCACAGGCUGGUUCACGAUGGUCAUUGCCAUAGAGAUUUGUGACAACAUCAAAGUAUAUGGGAUGGUUCCACCCAAUCACUGCGGCAGAAAACCUGCAUCCAAGAAGAUGCCGUACCACUACUACAAACCCAGGGGGUCUGAUGAAUGUGUGACAUACAUACAGAAUGAGAGCGGCCGAAGAGGGAACCACCACCGCUUUAUCACAGAAAAACAGGUGUUUUCACGCUGGGCAAAGCAAUACAACAUCACCUUCACUCAUCCAAAAUGGUGAAAAGACAGAUGUAUGUGCUCACAGGCACUUGAGUGAGCUCUAUGUGCUGGAUUUCACUGCAACUGUCCCAAAUGUGACAUUAACUGGCCUCACGAUGGAUGACGGCUAGUUUCAGGAACUGCCACUGGGGAAAUAAAAGCAUUUGGAAAAAUCUAAAAUUGGACCGAAUGACCAAGGAGAUCUAUGGGAAUGUUUUCCGUCAGACGAGUGCGGAAACUCAUUUUGAGAGGUUUCUGAAGUACUGCGUAAAUUCCACACUGAGUUGUGGGAGGAAUCUGACAAGUGUUUUGUAAAUAGUUUAAAUUUAAAACUGAUUUUUUACAUCUUUAUAAUAUUUUUGUUAUGUGCUGAAAAUGACGUUAUGUUUCCCAUGUUGAGGAUGGGUCACAUCAGCAAGCACCUCUAAAUAAGUGGCCUACAAAACAGACUAAACAGCUCUUAUAUGUCCUUUAAACAGAGAUGAUAUUCGGCAGACUGUGCAGCCAGAGCCAGCAAACCACUAAUUCAGUUUACAAAUAAUCUACUGUACUUUGGGGCCUUUUGAUACAGUAUAGCAACAGUUCCUGAACCAAUACCAAAACCGUAUUUUAACUUAAUUUAAAAAUAUAUAAUUUAAUGUAUCAGCUGCAUGUUGUAUGUCUUAACGCAAAGCAGCCAGACAGGAACCUAACAUAUGUCUGAACUGUGAUUUAAAUCAGGAAACAGCAGAUUCAGUGCCAGCUCAUAGUAUUAUACAGUUUUUUGUUUGUUUUUCUUAACUCGGUGCUGCAUGCGCAUUCUGACUGGUACCCAAAACACUGGCGAAGUUAACCUCCGGUCAAAAGAUGUCAUAUGAAGUGUUUAAGAGAUUUUAUCUGUGUUGAUUUAACAUUGACAAAACAGGACAUAAUUAUUGGACAUAUCCAGAUUGCACAAAUUAUACGGCACUAAUUUUUUUUCUAGAAACACCGUCACAUUAUGCAGAGUUCUUUGGUUAUUUAAAGUCAGUUCACCUCAAACAUAGUGAUAUAGUGAAGGUACUACUACAGCAUUGUAACAAGAAAAUUUGAUAUUAAACCCUUUCACUUCAAUGGUAUAUGCAUGCAGACUAACGUCAAAUCGUCCACAGAAUGCAACCUGGUUGUUCUAUGAAUCAGCUGAAGUGGAGAAGGGUGCAACUGCUUAAAAAUGUGCUGCUUUCUGCAAGUAAAUAAUCCGCAAAAGUACUUUUUGACAACAUCUGAGCUCAAGAGAGGCUAUUAUCACUGUGCACCCAAUGUGCUUCAGUUUAGUUAUGAUUGGAAGCCUGCACUGCUUGCUUAUUAGAAAUAAUUGGCCAAUAAUUAAAGGGGAGAAAAUACAGUUUAACCAAGCUUAAAUUGCCUGGUAUAGAGAUAGCAUCCUGAAACAUUAAAAUUACUGAAAUUUAUAUAACGCAAAUUUUGGAACACAUUCAGCAUCUUUAACACAGAAGGGGACAUAUUAUACUACAGUUUUAUGGGUAGGCUAAAAAAAACUGAUUAAACCCAUCAUGAAAUAGAUUUCCCACAGGAGACUGUUAUAUUAGACUACAUGAGUUUUAACAUGCUGCACCUAAUGCUAAGCUAAUUGACAAAGACAUGUUGUUGCCUCACAGAUAUCCCAAAAGUAAUUUUCGCCCUCUGAACCCCAACGGAUUUCUGGUAGUUUUUUUUUUUUUAAUCCCUUCAUUAUUUUACUCGCUGUGGGCUCAUUUUUCACUGCAUUGUAAAGUUCUGCACUUCUAUGGAAACAGAACAACCAUGACAGGAAAUUGACAGAACUCAAAAAAUUAAAAAACAACAAAAAAAUAUUGUACAUUUUUCCAAAUUACCACAGGUGUUACCAACACUUAAACAGAACUGCUAUAGAUAUUUUACUUUUUAAUUUGCUAGCAUACUCGUACUUAAGCUGAAAAGUCCCCGAAUUUUUUUCACAUUUUUUUUUUUUUUUUUACUGAAUCUAUUAAGAGCAAAAUUUCAUGUCUUUCAAACCUGCCAGUCAGUUUUGUGGUUCAGAGGGUUAAUCUGAGAAAAUGAAAAGUUAAUACGAAAGUUUAACAUAUGCAGCAUGCUUUUCUGAUGGAAUGCGAUUGCACCUGAAAGACAUUCUGAGAGCUGUAAAGUCAUGAAGUCUCCUGCUCGAAAAUGUUCUGAUUUUAAAAAAGCAGAUGGGCUACUUUCUCUUAAAUGUGCUUGACCUAUUUGUCCAAAAACCCGGAACAUAAACACAGAAGUUCAGUGCCAUUUGUUUAUCCAUGUUGUGUUGCUCUCAACACCGUUUUUCAUGAAAAGUUCUGUACCGUAUAUCAAAAAACAAAUCAAGUCCGUUCAAGUAUGUGGGUAGAAUUUGUAUUUAAAUAUGUACAAUUUGUUGAGUCAUUUAGAAACAAAGAAAGACGAUGAGCUAACAUCAAAGCACUAAUGUGUUAAUAUUGUGUUUGCUAGAGGCAACGCCAAAAACUCCAGUUAUGGACAACCUUAAGAUAGAUACCAGUUAGAUGAUUCAUUUGCCAGCAUGUCUUUGUUUACUUUGCUCCGUUGUUAGUUCUUUAAUGAACCAUUGGAAACACCUGAAAAAGCAGCUGAGAUCUUCUGUCUCAGCCCUGCCAUGGAAAUUAAGAUGGCCUCCUGUUGACAACACAAAGGAAACCGUUUAAAGUACACACUGGUGAAAACAAGCAACUUGCACAGCAUUUCUACUGUACAAACAAUGCCAAUUUGUCUUGUCACACAAUGCUUUAAGAACAGGCACUGUAUGUGUGUCCUCACCUCUGUACGAAUAGUUCUGCUGCCCUGAUUGGGGCAUGUGUUGAGGUACAGGUCGAAUAAAACACUGGGGUCAGACACAUCCAGGUUUUGGUCAGCAUCUACGCUGGCUUCCAAUCCCUGAAGGCCUCCAAAAACGACCAAAAGAUGUCUAAAAAGGGAAUAAUUCACUUCAGUUCUGUAUCAUUUACGCAAAAUGGUGCUUUGAGCUGAAUACUAAUGCCAGCAUGCUUACAUACACACAAUGAAAAUGACAACAUGCAAAUGUUUUUAACAAUAUGGUAACUGUGUUUAGCAUCUUAAUUUAGCAUGUAAGGAUGCGAACAAUUAAAGAUAUGUCAAGGAUUGGAAGUAUACUGAAACAUUGACCAAAUGAUCUCAUUUGUUCUGAACCUACUUGAAUGGCGACAGUGUAGAUUGGUCCAUGUUGCUGCCUCUCUCUGAUGUGCCAAUAGUCAGAUCGUAUCCUUCUUUAUACGGACUUUCUGUGAAAACUGAACCUGCAUCAAAGAAAAACAGCAGCAGCAAAAGGCAUGAACAGGAGUGUAAUGCCUUUUGAGAACCAGCAGUGUAAUAAGAAAUGUGGGAAUCUUACUGAGACAAGAUGCCAGACGGACAGUGUACCCCCAGUAAAGACCUCCUUCAGUCCUGGGCACAUGAGGAGCCACGACGACACCUUUACAUAGUUUGCUUUCUGCAGAUGGUCAGACAGACAAAUGGACACAAAAAUGCACUGAACUGAUGAGCUAGAGGAUGUGAUAUAAAACAUUUAAAACAAUAAAAGCCUUAGAAAGUGUGAUGGAGAA